AUGCCGCUGACCCUGCUGACGCCUUCUGCAAGCCUGGCUUGGCCAUCCUCGACCUUUCACCUUCCGCGCAUGCCUGAUGAUCCCCAUGCCUCUUCUCGCAACCCCGAAGAUGUGGCUGUCCGUGAAGAUAUGAUCUCUAUCAACGAGAUCCUCGAGCACGUUCCCCGGCUCAUGAAACGCGGUCGUCUCGACGGCAACUUCCUCGCCCGUUGCCUGGACCCCGACACUUCUGCUGGCCCUGCUUCUUCUUCGGGCCCCAACACUAUCGCUGGCCCUCCCGCUGCUUCUGCCGUGCAGCCCGUCGCCCCUGCUGCCCCUCCCUCCCCCGCCGGCGACUUCGUUACCAAGAUCGAGUAG